AUGGCGUCCUCAACUUCGCGCAACACUCAGUUACCUUCAGCUGCUAUCUUCCAACGCCACAUCCACUGUGGCCGAUGCAUGCGACCAAGAGACGAAGCUGUAGACGCUCAUGUGCCACUAAGCCAGCAAGGGUCACGUUCUGUGCCCACUCAAGGUUCCACCAGCAGGCCUGCAUCGUCUCGUUUGAACACUGCUGUGUCCAUCACCGCGCCUACGGAGCCGCUCCUGUCCAAAGAACCUUUCUGGCUCACCCAAGUGCGAGGAUUCGAUGUCUGCCAAGCAGUGGCUCACAUCUGCGCUGACGUCCAUGUCCUCUUGCGGACCAUCGAUGUGCUGCUCACUCCCUUUCGUCAGUGCGCUCACAUCAUUUGCGGCAACUGCCAAUUUCCUAACGGCAGUGCGUCGACUUACUAGACACAAGCUAAGAAAGGCCAUAUCGGUCGCUGCUGUGCUCACUGACCUACUAGCCGGACCAUACAGCCCCUGUGCAGCCACACGAACGGACGCAUACAUGCGCACUGUGCCAAACGUCGCGCAUCAGCAUUUCGCUGCUCACCGACACCAACGUGAGUGCUCAUCGACCUGGGGUCUGGGUCGCCAUCUGACCACUACAAAAGGUCGGACUAAAUACACAAUGAAUGCAGCUACCACCGGCUGUUGCGCCAUACUUUCGGCAAGUCUCCACCAUUCUUGAAGAGGUAGCAGAGGUUCACCUCUUUCAAGCUACGCACAUGGGGUCGCUGAUCGAGUUCGUGAGAAGUCGCGCUGCUCUCUAUGCGUCAGAACGCCGGACUAAGUCCCUUAGCAUCGCGCCCAGUUACUUGCGCAAAAAGGUACUCGCGCAACGUCAAGUGCUCGAAAGAGUGAAGCUGGAAUUGGAAAUCUCGCGCGAGCGAAAGCGGUCAGUCUGCCUGGCAUAUGCAUCCCGAGCCUCGCAUUCAAAUUUCUUCCGUAUCGCAGACGUAUCGAGGAGCUGGAGUAUGAUGUGGCUGAGCUACAAGCUCUGCUACAACAGCACGGCCAUCGUUUCGAGGCUCAAGUCGAUAGGAUCGAGGAGCCAGCCCAGCCGACCGCCCACACGAUACCACCGAUGACACCGAACAGCUUCGCCUUCCAGACGCAUUCCUCAAAACGUCGCAGGUGAGCUGAUGUGGCUCGCCCACGAAAGCGCAAUUGGUGGCCACUGCUCACAGAGACGUAUCCAGAUCAUCUUCGCCACCAUCCAAGAUAUCAGGAGCUCAGGCUGGGCCAUCUUUCGCGUCAAGCCCCCAAUCAGCGAGCCAGCACCUCCACACGCUUACGCCGCAACGGCCUACUCAGCGAUCCGAAUCAGGCGCCGCGAAGCUACGGUGAGGCGUGGUUAUUGCAGGUGACCCGUCGUCUUGCUGAAAACCUCUGUACCAACCGGCAGCCGAUUCGCGCACACGUCGUCUUCGUCGAGGCCCCCUAGCGGGACUGUCGCGAGUCACGGCCCUGCGCUCUUCCAAGGCGCGAACUCGAGUAGUCUUCCGAUGGGGCCACCUCGCUUUUCACGAAAAGAAUUUGCUGAGCAAUUUGAACAAGACUCAUCUCGUGAUGCUCAGUAUCAAGCGAAUACCGCGCUAGCUGGUAGGUGCCGCUGAAGACCAGAUGUAAGGCGAUGCGUAGAGGUGGCUCAUGUGCUGUAAGCUACGGUGUUACUUCUCUGCAGCUGCCGGUUCUUCCACUCCAGCGCAUCACGGCACACCUCGCCACUUGCGAAGGAACCACCUAGAGGAGCAUUCAGCACGACCGUCGAUCUCUCGACCGUCUCCUCUAUCUGGUGACAUCUCUGCCGGGACCUUCGCUUCCGCAGAAAGAGAGACCGUUGGCCAUAGCAGGCCAUCCACACCCUCCCACCGUCCUUCAAAUGCAAGUGGUCACCUGCUGACACCGAGAAGCAGCGCAAACAGCAAUCGCGCUCCUUUCAUUCCCAAGUCUAGCUUUCGUUGA